AUGGGCAGUCGUAUUGGGGCUGCCCCAUUCGCCCCAUACGAAGCUAAGUACCCCAUAAUUUUACCGAAACAACAUCCGAUAACCUUCCUUCUUACUGACAGCUAUCACCGACGUUUACUUCAUGCCAACAACGAGACGGUUUUCAACGAUAUGAGGCAAAGGUUCUACGUUCCUGCUUUGCGACGACUGGUAAGAAAAGUAGCAUCCGAAUGUCAGUGGUGCAAAAACACCAAAGCAGCUCCUCGAACUCCCCGGAUGGCACCGUUACCAAGAGCACGAUUAAUACCCUUCGUAAAACCGUUCUCCUACGUUGGUAUUGACUACUUCGGGCCGAUGUUAGUCAAAAUCGGAAGAAGCCAAGUCAAACGUUGGGUGGCUAUAUUCACCUGCCUGAACAUUCGAGCGGUCCAUAUGGAAGUCGUCCAUAGUCUAUCGACGCAGUCGUGUAUAAUGGCUUUUCGGCGGUUCGUGGCACGUCGCGGAGCACCUCUCGAAGUGUACAGCGAUAACGGCACCUGUUUUAUCGGGGCAAAUCGCCAAUUGAGGAUGGAGAUAAAAAAGGCAAACGAAACCUGCGCUUCUACAUUCACAAACGCACGCACAAAAUGGAUUUUCAAUCCACCCGCAGCUCCACACGUGGGUGGACUGUGGGAACGGAUGGUGCGAUCCGUAAAAACGGCCAUGAUUGCUAUCGGAAAUGGACAGCGACAUCCGAAUGAAGAAGUCUUUGAAACCAUCGUUCUUGAAGCUGAAUCGGUUAUCAACUCACGUCCUCUAACCUACAUCGCUCUUGAUUCGGCGGAUCAGGAGGCGCUCACGCCCAGUCAUUUUUUGUUGUAUGGAACACAGGGGGUGAACCAACCAGCAGUACAACCAUCAGACUAUCGUUGUGCAUUGAGAGAUAGCUGGAAGUUAGCACAGUGGAUGAUCGACGAAUUCUGGCGCCGUUGGACAAAAGAGUACCUUCCGGUCAUAGCCAGAAGAUCUAAGUGGUUUGAGCCAGUGAAGCCACUCCAGGUAGGGGAUGUUGUAAUCGUGGUAGAUGAAACGACGCGGAACCAAUGGUUGAAAGGAAGGAUCACAGAGGUAUUCGUAGCUCCUGAUGGACAAGUCAGGAAAGCUAGAGUUCUAACGGCGAAGGGAAUCAUCUUGCGACCAGCUGUGAAGAUAGCAGUAUUGGACGUCUUCGGAACUCCCGGACCACACGGGUCGGGGAAUGUUACGACAACCGUCACCACGUCGUCACUGAGUAAUGGUGUGAUCGGGUGA